GUUCCGACGAGACGCUGACGUGGCAGAGACAAGGCAGGGCGACGACAACUUUUCGAGGAGGCCUUCGUUGGGAGUCUCGACGCCGGCUUAGCGUCUCCUCGCCCUCCCAAAACUGCUCCGACGCCGGCGCUCGCGGACGGGCUGCGGGGCCCUCGUCUUGCGCUGCUAGCCGUGUCCCCUAUGUGGAACCACCCCUCGCCGCGACGGCGGUCGGCGGCGUGUUUGGCGGCGGCGGCGGCGGCGGCGAGGAGGCGCUACUCGAGGGCGUCGCCGCCGCAGGCGACGGCGAUAAGGUUGAAGAACCACGUAGCGAGCGUGGGCCAUGGGGAGCCGAAGGAGGGGCCGAAGCCACGCCAGCUGCUGUCGCUUCCCCCUUUCCCUUCUCGCCCUCUGCCCGCCUUCUCUUUCAAUGAAGCCUCUCCUUCUUCUUCUUCUUCUUCUUCUUCUUCUUCUUCAUUGCGAGUGACUGCAAUCAGCUGGGUCAAGUAUUACUUCCAUGGCGUUCACAACUCCGUCGUUCAAUCCCAUUUCAACAAGGGCCUUGUUCAGAUGGGAUGCGCCAACUUGGAUGACUCAUGCCUGGGACCGCAAGGAAAAAGAAAAUCCUUGAGAAAGAUCAAGCCAAAUGAAGUGAUGGAAGCAGGGGCCAGAUUGUAUAUACCUGUAUCAGUUGCCGAAUCAAGGAUCUCCAGGCGAUUCAACACGAUACCUAGUGGGACUCUCUAUCCUAAUGCCGAUGAGAUAGAGUACUUGCAGAGGCUCGUCAUGUACAAGGACUCCGCGGUUAUUGUGCUUAAUAAGCCCCCAAAAUUGCCAGUCAAGGGGAAUUUGCCAGUUCAUAACAGCAUGGAUGCUUUGGCAGCGGCAGCUUUGUCUUAUGACUAUGAUGAGGGUCCUAAAUUGGUGCAUCGCCUUGACAGAGAGACCAGUGGUCUUCUCUUGAUGGGAAGAACAAAGGAAAGUGUGGCUCAUCUUCAAUGGCUGUUUACCGACAUAAACAAAAAAGAUUCCUCCUUUAAGGCCUGGAAUGAUGCAUGUAAAGCUACUUAUCAAAGAUAUUGGGCGCUUGUCAUAGGCUCUCCUAAGGAAAAAGAAGGUCUUAUUUGUGCUCCCCUUUCAAAGGUGCUCCUUGAUGAUGGGAAAACCGAGAGAGUUAUUUUGGCUCAUAACUCAGGCUUAGAAGCUUUUCAAGAAGCAGUGACAGAAUACAGGGUAUUGGGUCCUACAGUAAAUGGAUGUUCCUGGAUAGAAUUAUGUCCUCAUACGAGCCGCAAGCAUCAGAUUCGCGUUCACUGUGCCGAAGCACUUGGUACUCCGAUAGUGGGCGACUACAAGUAUGGGUGGUUUGUGCACCAGAGAUGGAAGCAAAUGCCGAGAGUCGAUAUCGAGCCUUCCACGGGGAAACCAUACAAGAUGCGGAGGCCUGAAGGGUUGGACGUUCAGAAGGGAAGUGUCCUGUCAAAGGUUCCCUUGCUGCAUCUGCACUGCAGAGAGCUCGUGCUUCCCAACAUAGUCAAGUUCCAGGAGUUUCUGGAUCAGAAGUCGGAAGCCCCCCAUCCCGUGCUCAGCUCCAAGUCCCACAUGCUGCGAUUCGUGGCGCCAAUGCCUUCGCACAUGAAAAUCAGUUGGAAUCUCAUGUCCUCUUAUCUAGUGUGAGGAGGUGCUAGGAUACCGAUUGGGGCGUAUAGACACACGACGCAAGCUAGGUGCAAGCUUCGCUCGUGCUCCUAGCCCCAUCUGUAAAAUAAGCCGGCGUUUUGGACUGCCCGGUGCAAUGGGAUUGUAUGAAGGCAUUUCGGUUAUUCAUUCAUUUCAGAGUUUU